AUGGAACAGGACGAAGAAAACGAUUCUGUUGAGCAAUUGCGUUUUAUAAAUAAAAUUAAAUUUUCAAAACCGUAUGAAAAGAAAAUGAUAUUUGUGAGUAUCGAUGGUAGGAAAUUGGAAAUGGAGCUUGAUACUGGUGCUCCUUGUAGUAUAAUUAGCAAGAAACGCUUACGUGCUAUCAAACCCUAUUACACUUUACAUAAAUCUGACAGAAAAUUUGCUAGCUAUACAGGUCACUCAAUAAAUUGUAUUGGCAGAGUUGUAGUAAAUGUGACUUUGGGAAAAACUUCUCGUGUCUUGAAUUUAUAUGUUGUAGAAGAUGAUUUAGACACUUUGUGCGGCCGUGAAUGGAUAAGUCAUUUUGCACAUGAUAUUAAUUUUUCAGAUCUAUUCGCAUCUACACCGCCAAAUAAUAACUCUCCAAACGAUAGCUUUAGUUUAAACACUAUUACUUCCGAUGUAUCGAUAUUAAAUUCUAUUGAAAAAAAUCAACUACAACAAAUUGUAGAUAAAUUUGAUGAUGUAUUUGGAAGUUCAGCUGGAAAGCUUAAAUGUCCUCCUAUAAAGAUUCAUAUGAAGCCGAAUGCUAGACCCAUAUUCGCUAGACCAAGAGAAGUUCCUUUAGCUUUAAGAGAAGCAUAUGCCAAGGAAAUUGAUGCUAAAAUUGCUGCCGGUUAUUAUAAAAAAGUCGAAUUCUCAGAAUGGGCUUCCACGACCCAUGUAGUAACUAAAAAAAAUGGAGCUAUACGUAUUACUGGAAACUAUAAACCUACGGUCAACCCUCAAAUGAUUAUCGAUGAGCAUCCUAUUCCAAAACCAGAAGAUUUAUUCAACAGAAUUAAGGGUGCUACAAUGUUUGCUCAUCUAGAUGUUACCGACGCAUAUACGCAUUUGCCAAUAGAUGAAGAGUUUGGACAUGUUCUUACCUUAAAUACUAUUACUCAUGGCCUUAUACAACCCACUCGUGCAGUCUAUGGGGCUGCAAAUAUUCCAGCAAUAUGGCAGCGAAAAAUGGAAGAAGUUUUAAAAGGAUUACCUAAUUGUCUUAAUUUCUUCGAUGAUAUACUAUUAUUUGCAAAAGAUUUUAAUGAAUUACAACAAAUUUUAGAUUUGACUUUGGCCCGAAUUAGACAUGUGGUCUUAAAUUAA